AUGCCCUUCAACCUCCUCGGGCUAGAAGAUGUCCCAGUUCACGGAUCGGGUUCAGGAUCGAGUAGACGCAGGUCGUCUUCUUCAUCCUCCUGUGGCUCCGGCUCUUCCUCUUCGUGGUCACCUCCCGAUACGCCCACUCCAAUGCACAAUGCUCCUCUGAACGGUAAAGCCAAUCUACAACCUGGUCGUUUGGCCAAGGACCAAGGGAUAUUCUCGUUCUCUGUUCCAAUCGUUAAAAGGCAGAGACAAACUAAGAGGGUAGUCUCCGGAUCGUUAUUUAGGAACUAUAGGGUAUCUACGCUUGAUGAUUAUGAGGAUGAAGAUACUGAAUUGGAUGAAGAUGAUUUAGAAGUCGGAACGGUCUUAAGUGAUGUCGAGAGUAAUCUGAAUCCCCCUACGAAUUCGGAGAACGGUGGGACGACUGGAGCAGUUGAAGCUGAAGGUGAUGAAGUAGAUAUGUUCUUGGUUAGUAAUGUACCUUCAUCACCUUUGACUAUAGGUUGGAGCGAUAGGAAAGGUAAAAAGAGAUCAAGAGAAUACGAAUACGACUACGACGAAUUCAUGCAAGAAGGAGAUGAAGAUCAAGAUGGGGAUGAUGAGAUGGAGACUGAGGGUCUGCUGAGUGUUAAGCAAAGAGGGAAAAGAGCUAUGAAGUAUUCUAAACAAAGUCCUACCUCUAUCUAUCCUAAGGAAAAGUCUUCUGCUCUUGGAUCGGACUACUCGGUCGUAGGGAAUAUCUGCGAUAAGAUGGGUGGUCUUCACGCUUCUAGUACCGUAUUCGCUAUGAACGUUGAUUUCCCCCUUCCCUCUUCCGAGCCUCCUCUAAGAGAGAAACGUCCCGAUCUCUUAGCCUAUCAGUUGGCAUCUGAAAAAGCUAAAGCUGGCGCUGGCCUUAGCCGUAGAUCAAGAGAUGUAAAGAGAAGACUCGGCAGGAAACGAGGUCAUACUCAGACCAAGAAAUGCUUCCAACGACUCACAGCGAGUGAAGAUCCCUUGGUCAAUUUACCCGCAUUUCAAAACUGGAAACCUAUCAGCUUCAAGACCAAGACUUCACGGGUGGUAUCCUCCGCUUCGUCUUCGGCGAUGGACAUCUCAGAGGACGAGCAAGAUGAAGAAGAUCAAUUGCUGGUAGAUCAAGAGAUGAAGAGUCUUUCGGAUAUCGAACAUACCGCUGGCGGUAUCUCUUCCGACAUAGAUAUGAAAUCUGUUUCUUCGGGAUCAACCCUCAAAUCUUCUAAAAGGACAUCACCUGAUAUGACCAAGAUUAGGAAAACCUAUGAACCUAACAGUCCUCUCGCAAAAUCGCAACUAUCUCACAACUCACUGAGUGUUACAAAAGAUAUAUCUCGAUUACGUGGAUUCGUCGAACGUCUCCCAGGUCAGAAUUCCACUUCGCACUUACACAGAUCAUCACCUUCUUCUUUAUUACCUGCUAGACGAUACAUGACUAAAUCCCACCGACCACAAAUUAUCACCCAUAAAUACAGAGCUAAACCUGGUAAAAUCGAAUUUGGCGCUUGUCUUCCAGGUCAAACUUUCAUAUCGAUCCUCCGAGCUAGACUAUCUGCCCAAGUCACUCGAAGACUCAAAAUCGCCUCGUACAAUGCCCGAACUAAGGAUGGCGCAUGGAGAGAGAUGGUCGGUAAUUGGUGGGGACACAAGGAAGUAUCAGGAUGGACUGAUAAAUGGUGGUUGCCUGAAGAAGUAGAAGUCGAAGCAUUGUUACUUCCUGAAGUUCCCGCUGAAGAUGCAAUCAUGCUUUCUCCACCGUCAAGCCCACGGAUGUUCAAUCGUUCUCGAAAGAGGAUCGUUGACGAAGCUUCGGAUGAUCUCACGAUAGGUGAAGAAGUUGAGGAAAGAUGGGCUAGAAGGAAUCAGCUGAGAAGAGACGAGUUGAAACCUUAUGUCCUUCAGCAACGGGCACGGGUAGAAGCUAGAAAGGUCGAACAGAGACGUGCUAGAGCGGAAGUCAUCAGGAGAAGACUGGAAGAGAUCGCUGAGCAGCGUAGGAUGGAGGAAAUCCAGCGAAGGGAGACUAUCAGGAUGGAAGAAGAGCAACGACACAGGUGCGAAGAAGAACGAUUACAACGGGAGCAAGAAAGGGAAGAACAAGCUAGACUUGAGUUUGAACGGGAGAAUGAGAUUGCUCGACUAUGUCUCCAGCAAGAACAAGAGCAACAACGUGUCGUGGUGGAAGUUCCAUCAAGUCCAGCACGAAGUGAAACUUCUACUGUCCUAUCUGAUCCACCAGAGUACGAGUUCCCUACCUACCCUAUCGCCUUAUCUCGAUCUUCUCAUAUCAACACCGACAGACCCGUACCUAGAGUCCGAAGAGUAAUAUCUGCCCAGUCUGACAUUCUGCCAGAUUACGUACCGGACAGAUGGAACAAUCGAUCGCCACCACCUCCACCACCUUACAACGCCAGAACAGAUUGUCAGACUCUCAUCGCACCGAUCUUCAUCGAGGAUUCAGAUUCUGAUGGUGAAGAUCGGGAAGAUGAGGAAAUAGGAAUUAUUUCUCCAAUGGUUCGAAAUGCAAGAGAGACUUCACCAGAAUUACGAGUGAUUGGAUCUUUCCCUUCCAGACAACUUUUCGCUCCUACGCCUAUUCACGCCACCGCUAGGCAGGUCGAUCCUUUCAGAGCAUUUGUGAAUGCCCUGGACCUCGAGGAAGGUAUGGAAGAAGCCAAUGACGUAGAAGGUCAUUUGGAUGCUCAUACUCAAGAGAACAUGGACGAGGAUGAAGACGAAGACGUGGUGCCCGGUGGGACGGUCGCAAGUGUUUUCCAAAGAGUCUUCGGGAUGGUCUGGGGAAGUUCAGUCUCAAGAAGGUAG